AACCUACCAGGGCCGGACUGAUCGUUGCCUGUACUUUCAAAUCCGUUUUCACUGUAGCGAUCCCACCGAUCAGUUUCACCAAACACCACCACCACACCUCGUGCCGCAAAAGUAUAAUCGCAAUGUUGUAACGACCUCUCUCUCAACUAUAAUUUUGAGGCAUCUUGAAGGCGCUUGGUGGAACCGAUUCUCCAUAAAACGCUGCGGUGAAAACACAUAGUAUAUAUCAGCAGUUAUUGCGCAGUUAACCACCGAUUACAACUUUGUGGCGCACUUUCAUCUGGCGCCGUACAUUAAGCACCCCACAUAGUUUCCAGUCCUACUAUUAGCCUUCUUGUUCUUGCGAUGUCAAUGUCGUUUCAAUGAUAUUAAAACAAUUUUCGUUAAAUUUACCAAGGAGCAUAAUAAUCGGCAUCCCCUUGGUCACUAUAUGCUACGCAUUAAUAAACAUUUCGUAUCUGACGGUUAUGUCGCCAAUGGAAAUGAUGAUUUCCGAAGCGGUGGCCGUAACGUUUGGUAAUAGAGUGUUGGGCGUCAUGGCCUGGUUGAUGCCAUUGUCCGUUACCAUUUCUACCUUUGGAGCGGCUAAUGGUACACUUUUCGCCGCUGGUCGGCUUUGUUUUGCUGCAAGUCGCGAAGGACAUAUGCUAGAUAUCCUUUCAUAUGUACAUGUAAGGCGAUACACACCAGCUCCCGGCUUAAUAUUCCAUUCAAUAAUAGCCGGAGCCAUGGUAUGUUACGGAACCAUCGAUUCUUUAAUCGAUUUUUUCAGUUUUACUGCGUGGAUGUUUUAUGGCGGAUCAAUGUUGGCGCUGAUCGUUAUGAGAUACACCAAGCCAAAAUAUCCCAGACCGUAUAAGGUACCAAUAAUAAUACCAAUUAUUGUGCUACUAAUAUCAAUAUAUCUAGUGAUAGGUCCUAUCAUAGACAACCCAACUAUUGAGUACCUAUAUGCCGCAAUAUUUGUUCUAAGUGGGAUGAUCUUUUACGUACCAUUCGUACAUUAUAAAAUACGCAUUCCAUUCAUGGAUGGAUUCACCGUAUUCACACAAAUGCUUUUAGAAGUUGCUCCCACGCAACACACAAUCGAGUAAAAAAUUAAAAACAACCAACAACUUUCAAUGUAUACCUAAUAUUCCAAGUAGUGAUCUGCCGAGUAA